GACCUUCAUUUAGUUAUGGUGGGGCGGAAUUUUUCUAUAAAACGAGGCAGAGAAGACAAGUUUGCUCAUACUUGUUGGAGAGAUUUUCUCAAAAACCGUUUUUUAUAUUCCAUUUUGUUUAAUUUACAAAUAGUGAUUCAUUAUCACAAAAAUUUUAUAAUGAAGCUCGUAUUGUUCAUAAUGGUGAUGACUUGGUUAUCCAUCAUCAAUGCACAGACUACUUCUCAUGAAACUCGACUUCAUAGUAAUCGCCCAGGACGAUUUCUAGCACUUCCUGUUCCAAAAAAAUGUAGUAGCCGACCGAAGGAAUUCAGCUAUAGAGGGCAUAACUAUUUUCUGAGCAGUCACGUUGCUGCCCAUAAAAAUCAGAAAGUCGACUGGCUUGAUGCAAGAAACGCAUGUAGAGAGUAUUGCAUGGAUUUGGUUUCUCUUGAGACUCAGGAUGAAAAUAACAUGAUCUUCAGACUAAUCCGACAAAAUAAUGUUCCGUACAUUUGGACUUCUGGCCGUUUGUGUGAUUUCAAAGGCUGUGAAAAUCGUCCUGACUUAGAGCCCAAAGCCCUUCAUGGGUGGUUCUGGUCAGCAAAUCGUGAGAAAAUAGCACCAACAAGUCGCAUUCCAACGGGCUGGGAGAUCAAUCCAUGGUCACAAACAGGACACAAAAAGCAACGUCAGCCAGAUAAUGCAGAGUUUGAUAUUACCAAAACAACUGAGUCUUGCCUAUCAGUUCUCAAUAAUGUUUACGAUGAUGGGAUUGCUUGGCAUGAUGUCGCCUGUUAUCAUGAAAAACCAUUUGUUUGCGAAGAUUCUGAAGAACUCUUAAAAUAUGUUGAGACCACUAAUAGAGGAAUUCGGCUUUAGAUCUGAGAAAUAAAGAUCCAAUUCAAUGAGA